AUGAACCCGAGCAGCAACGAAAAGAAGAGAAACCUGACCACGUACGCAGAGGAGAAUGACUACGAUAUGUCCCUGGCCGGUGCAGCGGCGAAUGUGGGAGCGGCGAACGUGGGAUCGGUUAGCGCCGCUUCGCCCAACGUUGCCACCCCCCCCGCGGUGACCAUGCACAACCCGUACUUCUACCCGGGGGCGAUAAUCCCGCAGUACCCCUUCAACACCCCCAUGUAUCAGCAGCCCAUGAGCUAUAACCACAUGAUGCCUUACUGCGACUACGGAUACGUGAACAAGCGGUCUAUGAAGAAGAAGAAAAAUUAUCACCACUAUUCGAGGCAGCAAAACAGCGGGCUGUCUAUCCUGAAGGAGGCGCUGGUGGACCCCUGGGCCCAGCAGUACGCCAAGUACCCGAACAUCAUUUUUGAUUGA